AUGCGCUUCUUCCAGACCAUCCUCUCCACCGCGGCUUUCGCUGCUCUCGUUGCCGCCCUCGAGAUCAACCAGUUCCCUGCCCAGGGUGUCGUUGCCGGCCAGACGUACACCAUCACCUACUCUCCUGCGGACAACACGCCCACCACCUUCAUCCUCCGCCAGGGCAAGUCCACUGAUCUCAACACCAUUGAGACCAUUACCACUACCGCCACUGGUGGAAAGUUCGAGUGGACCCCCAGCAAGUCUCUGCCCAACCAGCCCGACUACGCUCUCGAGAUCAAGCAGGGCAGUGUCAUCAACUACUCGGCUCAGUUCCCUCUUACUGGUGGCUCCGGCGCUGCUGUCUCCAGCGCGCCCAUCUCCUCUGCGCCUGUCUCGACCCCCGCUGCUUCUUCUACCACCCUGAAGUCGAGCGCCAGCCCCGCCUCGUCGCCUGUCUCGUCG